UCCUUCUUCCUCUUCUUCUUCUUCUUCUUCUUCUUAGGAAAUCAUUAGUCAUGGCUAAUUCCCAUAGCUCCACCCCUUCCAUUCCCACAACCACAAAAUUAGUACUCUUCCUUUUAUUCUCGCUUGUUGUGGGAAUGGCCUCUGCCCAGUUAUCGUCUACUUUCUACGACAAAUCCUGCCCUAAAGCCCUUUCCACCAUUAAAUCAGCUGUUGUCGCUGCUGUGGGCAAAGAGGCACGCAUGGGCGCAUCGUUGCUCCGUCUUCAUUUUCAUGACUGCUUCGUUCAAGGAUGUGAUGCAUCUGUACUAUUGGAUGGUAGCAGUGGAGAGAAAUCAGCAGGGCCCAAUGCUAAUUCACUAAGGGGAUUCGACGUAAUAGACACCAUCAAAACUCAAGUGGAGACUCACAACGUUGACUCAGACAAUGCAUGA